AUGAGUUUCUCAUCACUCUAUCGACCCAUCGGUGUUUGUCUCAGACAAGGCGUCAGGUCGUUUUCCGCCACUGGAGCUUUGUUGAAAAAGACAAAAGUCGACCCCGAACUACCCGUCGUACCAAAAGGUGCAUCUAGCGCAUUCGCACUCUUCACUCGUGAUUGGUAUACAAACAAUAAAUCUAAACUAGAAGAAUCACCUACCAAACUUUCCGUAUCCAAAUUAGGUGUAGCGGUCGGUGAAGCUUGGCACGCCCUUGCCGAUAGUGCUAAACAAGAAUAUGCAGCCGGUGCUGCCGAAUCGAAAAAGACAUACGAAGUAGCAUACAAAGCAUUCUACGAUUCACUCGAUACGACAACUAAGAAAGCUAUCGAAAAAGCUAGAGGAAAAAAACUUCCAGUUCCAGGAGGGAAAUCUCGUGCUAAAGCUGAAUUAGCUUCGAAACCUGGUUAUCCUGGUCCUCCUUUAACUCCUUUUUUCGUUUAUUUGUCGGAAGUUCGACAAAGUGGGGAGUUUGAUGGUUCUGAUGGGGAUAAAAAAAGUUCGACUGUGAGAUUGGCAAAAGAGGCGGGUUUGAGGUGGAAAGCUAUGAGUGAUAGUGAGAAACAGGUCUACAAGGAUCGAUCAGACGCCCAGGUGAAGAAGUACAAAGAAUGGACGGAAUCUCAGAAAUAG